GUCACUCUGGCUUCUCUUCAAUUGUCGAAUAAAUCUUUCGCCUUUUACUAAAGAUUUCCGUGGAGAGGGGCACUCUAAUGAGUCUAAAAUGAAUUUUUUCGUAGUGCCCGGCGGCUUCGGUUGCUGGGCCAAUAAUUAAUACAUACUUACAAAAAUUAAAUUGGAAAUGCGGAUAAGUUCUGUGUGGUUUUCUGCGUCCCAUAGCGAAAGUUGUCAAGUUCAUUUUUAAAUUCCCUUCAAAAUUAUGCCGUCUAAUCAGGUUUCCGUCUGCCGAGCUUCCCACCAUGUCCAUCCUACUUCCGACCUUUCACUCGCUUUAAAUAAAACAGAUUCCAGUCACAUAAAGCAGAUGAACAAACGUAGGGAACGUCAUGUAAAGGAAACCCAUUCAUAUGCCAGCGUGAACUUUCCCAUAUCGGAAGCCAAGGCCUCGACGUCGGAGGAUGAUUUCCUGAGAAUGAACCGAUACGAGUACAAGUCAAUCACAUCACAGCCCAGCAUUAAAAAGUCGUCCCUACUCGGGACAGCCAGAAACAACUCAAACUGUUCACGCCUUCGGCUGAUUUCCUGUCCCUGCCAUGCCUGCCAGUGCUCCCUGGACGCUAGUGAUCUGCUGGGCCAUUAUAUAAGGGACCAUCAGCACGGCAUGGGGCUUCCGUUUGUGGAGCUAGGGCCAGAGAAUAAGGCAUCAAUGAGCUGCCAUGUCAGGAGUCUGGAGCACGAUGUGAACACGCUUCUGGGAGUCUUUGGGUACCGUCGACCAGGCCUCAACCCGCUGAAGUGUGCCCGGAACACUCAUCUGCCGUCGGAGUAUCGCAAGUAUUCGCAGCACGGCGUCCUCAUGGUAUUUGGCUGUCGCACCCAGCACUCUCUGCUGUGGCACCGCAAACCAGACAUUGAUGACGUGCUGGUCAUCUGGGUGACCACUCCACUGCAGAAUGCGUCGGUCUCCCUGCGCCUACUGGUCCAGGCAGGUCCUUCGCUCAGCUACUACAAAACCGUAAAGGCUCGCCCCGCCUCUGCGACCCAGGACUGCAAGGAGUUCAUCAAAACCGACAGCAACGCCAUGCUCAUGGGCGUCGAUGAUCUGCGCGGACUAAUGGACUUGGAUGUGUGGCAGCAGCUGCUCAAAGUGGAGCUAAAGUUACUCGGCAAACAGAAGAUUUAGUCGAUAACAAAGUACUAUAUAAAUUUGCUUUCAUUUUUUUGGAUUACUUUUUGGCCAUGUACAUAAAUAUAUUUUAAACUAGAGCUAGACAUUGAACAUAAAACAUUAGGAGUAGGAAAUUAACGGACAAGAACUUGCACUAGGAUGGAUAUAUGUGUGUUUGAAGAAAAAAUAUUAGAGAUUAGAGACUUCCUUCCUAUUGCGGCUAAAGUUCACAUUUGUAUUUACAAUUUCAAGCACAAGCUAGGCUGGUAAAGGGAUACUAUAGAUAGCCGAUAAGACAAGUUCUUUGAUUUUGGCCUAAACAUACACAUAUAUUUCGUACAAUUUUGAGAGUUUUGCUUUACGCUCGUGACUCUUGCUUUUCGAACACUUAUUACAGAGUAUAUAGAAUUUACAAUUUUGAGCUUACAUACAAUUUAGAUUAUAAAUAUGCUAUUAUCGUAGUGUUUAUGUAUAUAUAUAUCGAUCUAUAUAACUGUAUAUCAUUGAGGCUUGCAGAGAGCCUCCUGCCUACACGACUGCGAGCCCUCAGCUAUUAAAAAAUUGUACUAGAAAA